AUGUUGCUUUCACCAGCAAUGCUGCCACAUUUAAAUACAGCGUUUAGAAAUGGUAGUUCGGGAACGCUUGAUACUGAAUCCGUACAAUCAUCCACUACUUCUGGUAAUGUUCAAAAGCGGAAUCAAUAUGGUUUAGUAAAUGAUUUAUCAGGCAGUGCCUUAUCAGCGGUAACUGGUCCCAGCGAUAUCAGAAAUGCAGCGGAAGUUGAUAAUAAUGGUAAGAUGGACCAGACUGAUCUUAUCGAAGCCAUUACGUUUGCAUCACUUUACGGUUUCCAGGCAGUGCCAAUACGUAUUAAAAUUUUAUUACACCGUGCAUUAUCUACACUAACAAGAAAACGAGCCGAGGCAAUUAUUCGACGUACUGGUUGGAAAAUAGAUGAUUUUGAGAGAGGAUUUAUCCAAGAGGUAAGCACAUUUGGAUGCAAUUUUUAA